UCUAAAAACUACGGAAGUGUUAUUACGGAAAUGCUGUUUACGUUGUACGUUGCUAUGUUGUUGUUCAAGUUGUUAUAAUUACAAGUGUGUUGAGAUAGAUACGUUUUUAUAUUAUUAUAUUAAUUAUACUUGGAUCAAAAAACUUAGAGCAACGACACUUGCCGUUUGUUGCAGUUUAAUGGAACAAUAUAAUAAAACACUCAACACUUGAGAAGACCAGCGAAUCUCGCAUUUGAUUCAGUGAACAACAAAGGCUGCUAGGAUGGAUGAUAUCUAUACCUUGCAGCAGGAAGUGGGACGAGGCAGCUAUGGAGUGGUCUUCAAGGGACGUGUGACAGAGACUGGGUGGUGGGGCGAGAGGGGCGACACGGUGGCCAUUAAACGUCUACCAUGUUGUAACCCAGAGAGUAUAGAGCUUUACCUGCAGGAACUGUGGGCUAUGAGAAUCACAGCACGAAACCAUCCCAAUGUCAUCGCUCUAUACAACUGCCUCUUACAGACUGGACCUAGAACACUGCAACCCCUGAAAUCAGGGAGGCUUCCUUUGGAUUUAGUGGAGAGUGCUCUCAAAGGAAGAGUGGUGGACAAAGACACAAAAAUCCAAUUGAAGAAUCCCUCCAGGUCAAAGAGGAGGCUGAUGUCCACAGAGGAGGUUCCCCGGCGCUGCUUUGCCCUUUGGUUGGUGAUGGAAUACUGUGAAGGAGGGGAUUUGAGCCAGUACAUUCUCUCCAGGCCGCCAGAUGCUGAGUGCAACUGUGCAGUGGUUCAACAACUCGGCAGUGCCAUUGCAUUCCUGCACAGGCAUGGAAUAGUGCACCGUGAUAUAAAGCCAGAUAAUGUUCUUGUCCGUCUUACUAAAAAAGGACCGGUCAUGAAGGUGGCAGACUUUGGCCUCAGUAAGAUGGUGGACAACCCUACUGAUGGUGUCCAGAGUAGACUGGCUCUUUCCUCUACCUGUGGCUCAGACUUCUAUAUGGCUCCAGAAGUUUGGGCAGGUCGUAGUUAUACAGCCCAGGCUGACAUCUUCUCUCUGGGUGUGCUUUUCUGGGCUGUGCUGGAGAGAAUAACAUUUCUAGAGGAUGGCACCAAUCAAGAACAACUGGGUGCAUAUGUAAUGCGAGGCCGCUGGCUCAUCCCGUUAGGUGAGGCUCUGUGUCAGAAUCCCGACCUGCAGUUGAUCAUCCCUAUGAGGGCACGACGUGCUCCGCCACUGCCGCCACCUCCAAACCCUGCUAUGUGCGAGCUGCUGAUGGACAUGCUAGAUUCUGACCCCGACAUCCGGCCCACAGCAGACCAGCUGGAGAAGAGGGUCCAGCAUGCCAUGGAGGUCCACUGAUCUCAGAGCAGCAUACUAACAACCAGUCUCCUUUAUACACUGAAAAACUUGAAGAUGAAGCCAAAAAAAGAUAAAAUUGAGAUUUAUAGAUUUGUGUUAUUUGCUUUGAAUUUUCAUUUAGUCCCAUGUGUCUGUUACUGUGUGAUGCUUUAUGAAUUAUAAUUAGUAUAUAGGGCUGCAUGAUACAAAUACAAAUAUCACAGAUUAAUAAA